AUGGUACAAUCUGAAGGGAUAAUUUUUGAAUGUAGUCAAGUUGUGACAAAUGUCAGGGCCACAGGUUUACCACCUCAGAGAACUGGUAACGUCUGCAAAGGCUUUUCUCAUAAACAUGAGAAUGCUGUUAUGCAUCCUUCAGAACUGUUACCAGACAAUGAAACACAAAAGAAAAGACCUUACAAAUGUACUGAGUGUGACAUAACCUUUCUUGAGGACUCAGAACUCACUCGACAUCAAAGAAUCCAUACUGGAGGAAAACCAUAUAAAUGCAACGUGUGUGGCAAGGCUUUUAAUCAAACUAGACAACUUGCAGUUCAUUGGAGAAUUCAUACUGGGGAGAAACCACACAAAUGUGAUGUAUGUGGCAAGGCUUUUAUUCAAAUUGGAAACCUUGCAGUUCAUCAGAGACUUCAUACUGGAAAGAAACCAUAUAAAUGUGAUGUAUGUGGCAAGGCUUUUAUUCAAAUUGGAAACCUUGCAGUUCAUCAGAGACUUCAUACUGGAAAGAAACCAUAUAAAUGUGAUGUAUGUGGCAAGACUUUCAGUCAAACUGCACACCUUGCAGUUCAUCAGAGAAUUCAUACUGGCGAGAAACCAUAUAAAUGUGAUGUAUGUGGCAAGGCCUUCAGUCAAACUUCAAGCCUUGCAGUUCAUCAGAGAAUUCAUACUGGCGAGAAACCAUAUACAUGUGAUAUAUGUUUUAAGGCCUUUAAUCAGACUGCAAAUCUUGGACUUCAUCGGAAAAUUCAUACUGGAGAGAAGCCAUAUAAAUGUGAUGUAUGUGGCAAGGCCUUUAUUCAAACUACAAGCCUUGCAGUUCAUCAGAGAAUUCAUACUGGAGAGAAGCCAUAUAAAUGUGAUGUGUGUGACAAGGCGUUUACUCGUACUGGACACCUUGCUGUUCAUCGGAGAGUUCAUAGUGGAGAGAAACCAUAUAAUUGUGGUAUAUGCGGCAAGGCUUUCAGGGGACGUUCAAGCCUUGCUGUUCAUCAGGGAGUUCAUACUGGAGAGAAACCAUAUAAAUGUGAUGUAUGUGGCAAGGCCUUUAGACAAACCUCAAACCUUGCAGUUCAUCAGAGAAUUCAUACUGGAGAGAAACCAUAUAAAUGUGAUGUAUGUGGCAAGGCUUUCAGUGUAAGUUCAAGCCUUGCUGUUCAUCAGGGAGUUCAUACUGGAGAGAAACCAUAUAAAUGUGAUGUAUGUGGCAAGGCUUUUAAUCAAACUACAAGGCUUGCACUUCAUCAGAGAAUUCAUACUGGAGAGAAGCCAUACAAAUGCAAUGAAUAUUCCUGGGUUCAGCUAGCACCCCACAUCCAGCCCCACCCCAGCAGCAGCCCACAUCAACCCUCACCCAACCUCAACCUGGCCACCAGACUAGGUUUCAGUUCCCAGGCCUCUGAAUCACUUCAGCCUCAUCAGCAGGACUCCAAACAAGAUCAUAAUAGUAGAAGUGAUGCAGGAAAUAAGCCUGUUGAAAGGCAUGGAUCAAGCUUUCAAGAUCAGUUGCAGAUGCUGGAAUCUGAAGGGACAGGUUCUGAAUGUAGUCAGGUCAUGGCGAAUAUCAACAGUAGCGCCUCAGGUUUGCCACCUCUGAGAACUCGUAGUGUCCGUAAAGGCAGUUGUCAUAAACUUCAUCAGAGAAAUCAUACUGGAGAGAAACGAUAUAAAUGUGAUGUCUGUGGCCACUGCUUUAAACAGCAUACACAGCUUCAACAUCAUCAGCGAGUUCAUACCGGAGAUAAGCCAUAUAAAUGUGAUGUGUGUGGCAAGGCCUUUAGUGUAAAUGCAAGGCUUGUAGUUCAUCAGAGAGUUCAUACUGGAGAGAAACCAUAUAAAUGUGAUAUGUGUGGAAAGGCCUUUAGUCGAAAUUCAAUCCUUGUAAUUCAUCAGAGAAUUCAUACUGGAGAGAAACCUUACAAAUAUGACAAUUGGGACAAACAUUUUAAUGCACAGUCAUCCUUAGGUUGGCAUCAGGUAGUUCAUACAGGAGGAAAAGUGUAG